AAAAAAAAAAGAAUAUAUCGAUCGGCCAAAGGGCAUCAAGUGUGCAAAAUGUCGAAGCAGUCGAGCCCAAAGUCGAAGCUGUGGGCGUACUUUUGGUGGUUGUUUGGGGGCUUGUUUGGGGCCCACCACGUCUACCUCGGUCGCGACGACCAGGCGCUCAUCUGGUUUUGUACCAUCGGUGGUUACUUCGGGAUCGGCUGGCUGCGCGAUCUUUACAGAAUACCGACUUACGUGGCCGAAGCUAACGACCACCCCGACUAUGUCAACUGGUUCAAGCACCAAGUUCGAAUCAACAAAAAGCCACCUUUCGAGAGCGUGAGGUUCCUGGGAGCCGUCGUGGUCUCGUAUUUGUUCGGCCAACUCGUUCUGGUAGCAAUACCCGAGGACGAAAUUAACGGGAUCAAUUUCAAGCACCUCAUUAUUUUUGUCCCACUGGCCGUCGCUUACGGCACUUGGAUGGUGGGCAAUGUCGGCAGGCAGAGGGGCUCGAUUUGGCUGGCCCUCGUCGUCUCGUACCUGUGCUAUCCGGCUCUGUACUACAUCGGCGACGACAGCACCUGGUUGGGUCUGAUGGUCCUCGCGUCGACCCUCACCUUCGACACUUUCUCCAAAAACUGGCGCCUCCAGAAAAAACCCAAGCGCAACGGGUUGCGCAGACUCGCGGUCUUUUGUGCCUUUGCUUUCGUCUACUGCUGCCUCUGGUCCAGCUUCUUGUACUUCAACGCCUCACUCACCGACAGCGAGGGCGAGGAGAUCAAACUGUCCGAGGCUGUCAAGCACUUUUUGACAUCACCGAUAUGGCUCGAUCUCAAGUCAAGCUUAGAGGAAACGUGGAGGCAAGCGAAACACCAGGGAUUCUGGGCGACCUGGGGCCAACUGAUCGACCUGACGGACCCUCGGGGCGAGAUAAACGCCUACAAGGUCCUUGGCCUCUCGCAGACGGCGUCGCAGAGCGAGGUGACGGCCAAAUGGCGGGCGCUCUCGAGGGAGCAUCACCCGGACAAGGUGAAGGGCACGGAUGAGGAGCGUCGAGCCGCCCAGGAGAGGUUCCUCGAGAUCCAGCAGGCCUACGAGAUCCUGUCGAGCGCGAAAAACCGCCGGCAGCGCAAGAACAAAAAAUCCGAUCCGCUCUGAUGGGCGUGAUUGUGCGGUUUUAUUUAUUUAUUUAAUUUUUUUUUUUUUUUUUUGUUAUCUGCGACUCGGAGGCUCUGGAACGUGAUUCGUUUGUACCUCGAGCUACUCCGCGAAGCGAUUAGGUAUAUUAGUAUAUCAAUUCACUGUUUAUGUUAUUUGAGAUAUCAGCGUCUUUUUAUUUUUGCCGCGCUUUGUUGUACUUUAGUCGAAAUGUAUUAGUUGCCCGUUUAACGAUCAU